GUUCCAGAAACCAAUCCAGAGGACAUAAAUGGACAUAACACGAAAGAGAGAAAGAGAGAUGGCCGAGGCCCCGAAGAUUGAACUCUUCGUUAAGGCCAGUGUGGACGCUGAGAGUGUGGGGAACUGCCCCUUCUGUCACAGACUCUUCAUGAUUCUUUGGUUAAAAGGGGUCAACUUUACCCUCACCACUGUGGACAUGAAGCGUGCACCUGAUCUGCUGAAAGCUUUGGCUCCAGGCUCUCAGCCUCCCUUCCUCCUCUACAACGAAGAGGUCAAAACGGACACUAACAAGAUUGAGGAGUUCCUGGAGGAGACCUUAGCCCCACCACAGUAUCCGAAAUUGUGCUGUCGAUACAAAGAGUCCAACGGUGCUGGAGAAGACAUCUUCCGAAAAUUCUCAGGAUACAUAAAGAAUCCCAAUCCCGGAUUAAAUGACAUGCUAGAGAAGAAAUUUCUAUCAACUCUGGUGAAGCUGAACAUGUACCUGGAGACGCCUCUCCCACAUGAGCUGGACCAAAACCCAAAUGCCACUGAGUCCUCACGCCUCUACCUGGAUGGUGAAACCCUCACCUUGGCCGACUGUAACUUGCUUCCCAAACUCCACAUUGUCAAGGUGGUUUGUAAGGAGUAUCGUGACUUUACCAUCCCUGCAGAGCUGAAAGGUCUGACACGUUACCUUGAUAACGCAUACAAACAAGAUGAGUUUCGCUACACCUGCCCAAAUGACUCAGAGAUCCUCAUUGCCUACCAAUCUGUGGCCAAGUACCUGAACAAAUAGAUCAAGAGGGAGAGAUGAAGCAACAUAAGUGAGAACAAAGAAGAGUUGAAUGAAAAUGCAGGGACAAAAGAGAAAAGCUGUCAAAAUGCCUGAAAACUGUACACAAUUAAUGUUUUAUUUGUGCCAAAAUAAUAUGAGUCUGGAUAAAGAAAAUUGUUUGCAAUUACAUGUUCAAUAAUUAGCUUUCUAUAAAAAGUAUUGCUGUUACUUUUUAAGUUUUUCAAGUUAAGUUUACUUUUUAAAUUUCUUAAAAUGUAUAUUUGUAUGUACUACUGCAUGCUCUGGUUGAACUAUUGUGGAUUUCUUAUUCAGCCCCUGUAAGAGAGAGAAAGCAGUGUGAAUCCCACAGAAUAUUUAGGUUAUGUCUCAUUGUGCAUGCAUGUAGUGUAUCUAAGCAUUUACUUAAUGUUGGUUGCAGAUAAUUUGUUACAUUGUUGUAUGAAUGAGGUGAGACAGGAACUAAAUUUAUGUCUUUUUACAUGUUCAUAAAGUUAAAAACAAAUGACUAUGGAUAAGCCAGACACAGACUUUGUGCUUUAAAUUUUUAAAAGAACAAAUAACAUUUU